AUGGAUACAGCUCACUUGGAAAAGAAGCACAGUCAAGCCGGGCAUGAUGCCUCUCCGGAUAAGGCUGCUGGUAAUGUAAUUGCCCUCGAUGAUAAUGAAGCUGAGCAGUUCUACGGCUCAUCUACUACCCACGCAUACCGCCUCAAGUCAGAGUUAGUAGGAAGGUGCAUGGAGGAGAUUGGCAUGGGAAAGUUUCAGUGGAAGCUUUUUAUAGUAACAGGCUUUGGAUGGAUCGUGGACAACUUUGCCUCUCAAGGUAUUGGAAGUGUCCAGCCUCCUAUCGAACAAGAGCUUUCGGGGAUUGUCCAUGUCAGCUACAGUUCGAUUGCCUACUACAUCGGUCUCAUCCUAGGAGCAUCGUGCUGGGGGAUCUCCAGUGACCUAAUCGGUCGACGGCCCGCGUUCAACGGUACAGUGCUUAUAGCAGGCAUAUUUCUCUGUGCCGCUGCAGGAUCUAUGAACUUCGUGGCUUUUAGUGCUCUCUGGGCGGUUAUUGGUACCGCAGCAGGCGGGAAUGUCCCCGUGGGCUCGAUGAUGUUCUUGGAGUUUAUUCCUAUGAGCCAUCAAUAUCUUCUCACGGCAUUGACCGCAUGGUGGAGCCUAGGUCAAUUGAUUGUCUCCUUGGUAGCAUGGGUGUUCCUGGCCAAUUUCAGCUGCCCAACGAACGCGACUCCGGCAACCUGUCCCCGUCGUGAGAACAUGGGGUGGCGGUAUACACUCGUUACACUUGGAGGCAUGUCUCUCGUCUUCACAUUAAUACGCCUGCUUGCUUUCAAGCUCCCGGAGACUCCACGAUACCUACUAUCUCAGGGACGGGAUCAAGAUGCCGUGGAGGUAGUUAACUAUGUUGCCAGACAGAAUGGAAGACCAGAGCCCUUGACAAUUGGCAUGCUCCGCGAAAUUGAUACCCGCCUGGGCACGACGCCCAGUGAAGAUGGGGCACACGCACGGAUUUCAACCAAGGAUACGAUCGCUGAAAACAUGCGAGCCUUCAAGGGUAAACAUUACCGCGCUCUAUUCGCGACAUCAAAGCUUUCCAGACAUACCAUAAUCAUUUGGGUGAUAUGGCUCACUAUUGGCAUCGGAUACCCCCUCUACUUUAACUUCCUUCCGUCGUAUUUGGAAACGAAAUUUACUGACGGCUCUUCCCUCUAUCUAACAUACCGCAACUACUGCAUCACUUCGGCUGUUGGAAUUGUGGGUCCGCUAUCCGCUGCUGUGGGAGUCAAUACCACGCUCGGCCGCCGGUAUAUGAUGGGAAUCUCGUCCAUAGUGACGGCCGUGUUCCUUUUUGCCUAUGUGGGGGUCAACAAUUCCACUGCCAGUCUGGCCUUCUCCUGUGUCACCAGUAUACUGGCUAACUUUGAGUAUGCUGUCAUGUUCGCCUUCACCCCGGAAUCUUUCCCAGCUCCCCAUCGCGGCACAGGAACGGGCACGGCAGCAGCUCUCUUGCGGCUGGGGGGAUUGGUGGCCGGUCUGGUUUCAUCUCAAACCGGGUUCACCAGCGCGCCUAUCUAUGCCAGCGCUGCAAUGUGGGUGGCUGUGGGGAUUCUCUCUUUUGGGUUGCCGUUUGAGACGCACGGACAUGACGCACUGUAA